AUGAUUAGUACUAAGAAGCUUAUCAGUAUGGCAAAGAAGUGGCAAAAGCUAGCAGCAGCCAGCAGAAAAAGGAUUUCCUGGCUGAAAUCAGAGACUGAAAAGGGUCACUUUGUCGUCUAUACAAUGGAUGGAAGACGAUUUGUGAUUCCCUUAAAGUAUCUUCAGAGUGAAAUUCUUAGAGAGUUAUUGAAAAUGGCCAAAGAAGAGUUUGGAGUGACAAGUGAUGGCCCGAUUAGAUUGCCAUGCGAUUCAAGAUUUAUGGAGUAUGCAAUCUCUAUUCUCCAAAGAUAUGAAGCUACAGACUUGCAGAAAGCCCUCCUCUUAUCGAUGGAUAGUUGUUGCUCUUCCUCAUUAUCAUACUCCCAACAAGAGCAGACUAACCAACAAUUACUAAUAUGUAGCUUCUAA